AUGUCCAAUCAAAUGGAAUUUAUAAUGCAACUUUAUAUGAUGAGCCUGCUGCAGCAGCAACAACAACAGCAGCAACUUCAGCAACAGCAACAACAAUUUCAACAACAUCCACUACAACAGCAACAACAACAGUUGUUGGGAUUUGCCUAUACACCCAAUGAGGAUAUCAGCAGCAGCAGCACUUGCCUGCAACAACAAGAACAACAACAACAACAACAACACAAGACAAGAACGCACAAGCAAACAAAUUCGCAAAAUACGAACUGUAGUAGUAGCCGUAGUUGUAGUCCCAAUAGUAAUUUGAACACUUUAUCAACACAACAACAAUAUGAACAAAAUGCUACAACACUAAUAACACCCAUAACACCAACAACACCUAACAAUACAAACUUUGCCUAUCAGUUGCCACAAAUGUUGCUGACGCAGUACAUAAUGCAACAGCAGCAGCAACAUUUGCUGGCAACUUCAACUUCAAAUCUGCUUCUAACUCCUAAUACACCCAGCUCCACACAACAAUCACUAUUGGAGCCAUUUCCCUCCUCCUUGCAAAGUGAGCAAUUUACUACAAACAAUUUUUUGCAAUCCUCCACAGUGACAUCAACGCCAAACGAGCAAGCAGCAGCAGUAGCAGCAGCAACAGUACCAACAACAGCAGCAGCAACCGUUUCGGCAGUCACAGUCCAAGAUGAGCAGGAUUUCAAUGAUGAGGACGAGAAGCCGCUGUCCACUUUAAACAGCUGCAGCUCGUCCAAUAAUCACAACAAUAUGAUGAUGCUGCAGUCGGGCGCACAAUCGCUGGAGAGUACGAGCAACAGCGAUAUCAACGACUCGCCCAGCAUGUAUACGCCCGUCAAACAGCCAGCGGAUUCGUCAUAUAAUGUCGUCACCUCCAUCGAUAAUGAGGCAACAGUAUUUAACACUCCCCGGGGAGCACUGAGCAGCAAUUCGCUGUUGACACCACCGUCGUCCAGUGAUCAGGGCAAAGCCAGCAUUGUCAGCCUGACAACGGCCAGUAGUCUGGAUGCCUUUCUGCAGAACGAGGAGAAUCUGAAGAAUCUGCGUAAGGUCUCCUCGUAUCUGGAGUGUGAGAAUACGCUCUGUCGCCAGGAGACGUUACGUGAACAUUUCCAUUGCUAUGAUGAGCCCUGUCAGGGCAAGAUACUUAGCAAAAAGGAUGACAUUAUCCGCCACCUUAAGUGGCACAAGAAGCGCAAGGAGAGCCUCAAAUUGGCCUUUGCUCGCUUCUCGUCCUCGGAUGAUUGUGCGCCCGAAUACGGUGAGGGUUGUGUCUACAACUGGAAGCAGACGCACUAUCAUUGUGUCUAUGAGCACUGUCCCAAGGUCUAUGUGAGCACCAGUGAUGUCCAGAUGCAUGCCAACUUCCAUCGCAAGGACUCGGAGAUUGUGAAUGAGGGCUUCCGGCGUUUUCGCGCCCAUGAAAACUGUCGCAUCGAGGAUUGCCCCUUCUAUGGCAAGAAGAUAUCUCACUAUCAUUGCUGUCGCGAGGGUUGCAAUCACACUUUCAAGAACAAAGCAGAUAUGGACAAACACAAGACGUAUCACCUGAAGGACUAUCAGUUGACGCAGGACGGCUUCAAGAAGAUCCUCAAAACGGAGCAAUGCCCCUUUGAGUCCUGCAAGUUCUCCACGGUGUGCAAUCACAUCCACUGCGUCCGCGAGAAUUGCAAUUAUAUUCUGCACUCGAGCAGUCAAAUGAUUAGCCAUAAACGGAAACACGAUCGACAGGAUGGUGAACAAGCAUACCAGCAGUUCAAGGGCAAACAGGAGGACAUGGAGGAUGCUGCUUCACUGGAUGCAACACCUCAACCAAUUAGCAGCAACACCACCAGCUCCAACUCCACAUCCACAUCCAGCACACCACUCUCCUCGCUAUCAGCCGAGCAUUUCCUUGCCCGCAAACGUGGUCGCCCACCAAAGAAGAUUCAACUGCCCGUGAAUAAAGUAGAGUCAGAGGCAAAGCGUCUCAAGCUGACUGACACGGCGAGUAAUCCAGCGAUGCCAGCACAGUUCCCGCCCCAACAAGCCAACAACAAUGCGAUAUUACCCAGUUUGAUGCCGAUCGCAGCGUCGGCAAAUUUCCAACAGACGCAUCUCAUGGCCCUCUUUCAACUGCAGAAUCCGCUUUUCUAUCAAAAUCUGUAUCCCGGCGCCGCAGCUGCAAAUAUGCUGACCGUGCCACAGAAUGCAUCCAUAUUUGGCAACUUGGCCGCUUUCAGCGCGGCGGCUGCUGCGGCAGCGGCGGGUGGCGUGCAACAGCCAAAGACAGAGUUUAGCAUUAAACCCGAGUUCAAAGAGUAGAUGCCAACGACCUACACAGAGAGAAAAAUGACUAGCUAAAUUUGAGUAUCUGCAGUACUAGGAAACCAAACUUGGUAUCAGAAUAAUUCACUAAUAAUGAGCCCAACAAAUUGCACAUACAGCUUAAAUCAAAUAUUAAUUGCACAUUUCUUCAAAUAAGUUUCAAGUGCUUUAUUUGAGUUUUAAUUCCGGUUCCAAAUUUCACUUUUUUCUAGUCCAAAUCUAUUCGUUUCUCUUUAAAAUUGUAUUGCAUU